CAUAAAUAAAAAUGAAUAGAAGGAAGUACUCGGCUAAACUCUACUCUGCAUUCGUGUUUAUUAAUUAUUUUUAUAUUCUGCAUUAUGUAUUAAAUAUAGAAAAUUUUAUUAUAGUUUGCAUUUUUAAUUUUUUUUCUAAAAACAAUGGGGGUUAUUGUAUUAAUUUUCUUAUAUCAUUAAUGAAUUAUCUUAAUUUUCACUAAUUUUGUUUUGGCCACGAGGUUUGUUUGAAAUGGCACAAGACGUAGCUGAUGAUGUCUGUGACAGUUGGGAAGAUAUGAUUGAAAAUGGGAUUUUAGACAAAAAGUUAGAAGAACUUCAUUUAAAAGCACCAAAAAUAAAUAAUUCAGUUUUAGAUUCCAAUACAAGUGAAUACUCUCAGAUGAGACUGGAGGAGGAGAAUUCCCGAACUCCUUAUGUUCCACAAGUGAAGAUACUCAAACGUCCAACUAACGAUGCUAAAUCUUCAAGAGUGGUGGUAGAGAAAUCACCCUCAAGGCAACCCCUCAAGACACUCAAGCAGAGGGAGGCAGAAUAUGCUGAGGCUAGACUCAGGAUUUUGGGAUCAGCCAGCAGCGAAGAAGAACCUAGUAACCCAAAUGCCGUGCCAGCAUCAAUGGAUAGACGGAUCGAAGCCGAAAUCAUAGUAACACGCCUGCCGCGAGGGCCGGACGGAAGUAAAGGAUUUCUUCAACCUCGGUAGCAUUAGGCUUUUUAGUGGGACUCGUUUUUUUUAAAAAAAAGAAAGUAUAUAAUGUAUAUGGACACAUUAGCUAUUGUCGAAAUAGCAUUUCUCUCUGGAAACUGAAUAUUUGAUAAAUUAUUUGUGAGAAAAAUGAACUUCUUCCCAGUAGAAAUUUAGGUUUUUGCUGCGCCCAACUUGUGCUUUCUCUACAGAUUAAAAUUCACUCAUUUUUUAAAAAUCAAAUUUCUGAAAUACAGAUUGUCUGUAGUCAUCUUUGAAUGUCUCUCUUUUUUCUUUUGCAGUGUUUAUUGGUUUAUAUUUUCUUGCUUCUCUGAAAUAGAUACUUUCAGGGUUAGCCACUCUGUAGGGAGAACCCAGAAAAUACAGGGAAUCAAAAAAUAACUGGGAAUUUUGAGUUUUUCCAUGCGAACUCGGAAAAUACAAGAAAAUUUAUUUCUUAUUUUCAUCUUUUAAAAAAUGGCGACCACUCUGAGCGCAAUGUGUAGGAUAUUUCAGUUAUACUGGAAAAUACUUCAUUUAUUAUAGCAUUAUUGAAGUAUGUUCAGCUGUUCCUUUUUUUUAAAAAAGUUUUUCCAGCAAUUAUAACUAGUAUAGUUAACCCAAUGCAGUUCAUACAAGAGAACAGUGAUUGUGUUAUUCCUCUUAAUAUAUUGUGUAUAAUAUGUACAGGGAAAACACGGGGAUUUUUUAUUUUAGUGGCAACCCUAAAUUUUUUUUUUUUGCUGGGUUAGUGCUUGAAAAAUAGAUGAACUAAACUAUUUGAAAAAAAUCAUUGUCAUUUUUAUGCAUGUUUUUAUCUGGACCUUGCGCCACUAAACCCUACAUUCAAUCAUUGUCAUUUUUAUAGGGUUAAAUGAAUGUUAUUUGAGUUUUCAGCAUAUACAGGGUUGCCACUCCACAAAGAGAAUGGGGAAAACCUGGAAAAUACUGGGCAUUUCAAAAUCACCUAAAAUAACAAGGAAAAUGCAGAUAAUUUUGUUUCUUACUUUUGCCUUUUAAAAAAUGGUGACCACACUAAGCAUCAUCUGUAGGAUAUUUAACCAUGAUAUUUCAGCUAUACUAAAUUGUUUCAUUUACUAUAGCAUUAUUUAAGUAUGCUUAGCUGUUUUUCCUCCAGCAAUUAAAACUAAUAAAUAUAGUUUGCCUACUGUAGCUCACACAAGUGCACAGUCAUUGUUGAGUUUCCUCUUAAUAUAGUGUGUAUAAUAUAUACAGGGAAAACACAGGGAAUUUUUUCCCCACAGAUUUGAGUGGCCAACCCUGAUAUAGCUUUUGUGUUACGUUUACAUAAACACAAUCUGAUAAACGUUUGCAAUCUGGUUCAUUAAUUGAAAGAAACAAUUUUUUUUUGAUUUAAAGGAAUGAUGAAAUUUUGUUUGUAAGAAAAGUGUCCUUUAUUUUACAAAGCCUGUAUGUGUGCGUUAUUUCCGUAUAUGUAUUAUGUAAAUUUGUGAGAACACAGCUUUACUUUUUGUUUGCAAUUAGGAAUACACUAUCUGAACAAAAGUGUCCGAACACCCUGUGGUUAUGGACUUAAAGCAUCACGAGGCACCUAUUAAUAGGAUGUCUGUCACCCUUUUGCAUGGACAAUUUCCACCCAUUUUCGAUAGAACUUCCAUCGCAACUGAAGCUUGCAGCGAGGAUGGCUGCCUAAUCUGCAUUCGUCCCAAAGAUGUUCUAUGGGGUCGGGGCUCUGAGAAGACCAAGAGUAACACUCUUCCCCCCGCCAUAAUGCUUCCACCACCCUAACUACCGUAUGUCCGGGUACUUUGGUCCAGAUAGCUUGUACACAUAUAUUUAUUUAAUGAACGACAGCUCUCCUAUUUAUUUAAUUUCAGCAUAAAAUAAAUGGACUUUUUAUUUUAUUUUCAUGGUCACAUACACACCUAUAAAUAUCAGAAGAACUAUUUUAUUAUAAUAGGAAGAAAAAAAAUCACACUUUACCAUCAGAGUCGAAAGGGUGGCUGCAUGCUGCUGUAGUAAAGCUUUUUAAGAAGCAUCAUUUGUAAUUAUAAAAAUAUAUAUAUAUGUAUAUUUUCAUAAGAAUGGUUAUUUGUCUUAAUUUGUAUAACUAACUUUUAUUUAAUAAAAACAAAAAGUGAUAAUUUA